GUCCUGCCAGCGCCACGGUCCCAGGGGCUGAGCUUUGAUGAAGCCGGGGCAUUAUGUACAGCGUAGAAGACCUCCUGAUUUCUCAUGGAUACAAGGUGUCGCGAAGUAUCCCAGCGCCCGGCGAGGAUGAGCGCGAGGGCCACCGGCAAGCGAGGAGCCGCACCAGAGCUGGCCAGGGCCUGCUGAAUGGGUGUGACCAUGGCCCGGCAGCCCUACCCCCCAGCAAGCCGUCCCAGGGGAAGGGACACGCGAGCACCUCAGAGAAUAGCCACCGCGCUCCCAGAGCCCAUGGAGAGCCCCAGAGCACUUCUUCUCGAGCUUCUGAGCUGGGGUUUUAUCAUCAGCCCGUGCUAAGGUGGUCCUCUCAACCGCAGACUGCUCACGACCACGCCUACUGGAGAAGAAGAGGGCAGGAGGUCAGUGGCCUGCUGGGGCCAAGGGACCGAGAAGAUCUGGAGGUCAGAGGCAUGGCCCAAGCACAAGGUCUGCCCAUCCACGCAAGGGAGGGUCCAUGGGAAGUUGGAGGAAGGACAGAGAAUGUGAUGAAGAAGGCAGUUUGGGAAGAAGAGCUGAGAAUGGCGGGACCUGCCAAGUGGCAGAAUAUAAGCCUCGAGAGCUGGAACCAGCCAAGGAAAUUAGGGAGGCAGAUGUCUGAUGGUGAUGGGGAGAAAUUAUUUCAAGAUCUGUACCCAUUCAUGCAAGGAGAGCAGGCAUUGAAUUCCCAAAGCAAAGGGAAAUCCCAGUCCCUGCCAAGGGUUCUUUCCUCCGAGAGCCUGAGUUGCAUGGACAUCCCCAUUCCAUUAAAUGAUGGACAUUUUCCAGGUGUUCCUAAAAUCCCAUUUUAUCCCCCAAAUUGUGCACCAAAUUUGGAAUCCACAAGGAACCCUGAGAAGAGCGGCUCCUCGGUCCCUUUACCCCGGCCCAAGUUUGGGCGACCCCUCAAGCCCCCGUCCUACGACUCUCACCAGCACUCCAGGGUGGGAGUGGAGAACAGCGACUCUCCAGUCAGCCAGCAGGUAGACCUGUGUGUCUCCUACUUGAGCAGAACUCACGAGCCCAGGCUGGAGCUGUGUGCAUCUGACUCCGGUUUAGAGCCUCCGGUGUACGUGCCUCCGCCAUCGUACCGGUCACCGCCCCAGCACAUCUCCAACCCCUACGUGGAGGAUGCAGCGCCCAGGCCUGAGUGCGGCGGUCCCCGUCAGCAGCAGCAUCCAGUGGAGCUGCCGGGCCCGGGUUGUCCGCUUCCUCCCGGCCCCCCGGGACCCGAGAAUGAGUAUGGUGUGAGCCCAUACUCUCCUCGCGGGGUCCCCCUGCAGCCCCGGCCUACCACCGCUUAUGACAGCUCUGUUCUGUAUAUUCCCUUUGACGACCCACGGAUCCGACAUUUUAAACUGGCCCACCUGCAGGGCUUCUGUCAGGAAGCAACGGCUGAUGGGCAGCCCUACAACCCCAGCCCCGGCGCCACCCCGGCACCUGAGCAUGGACACAGUCAACACGAUGGCACCGUCUCGAGCCCGCAGAGUGAGGUGACCCCGCCAGGCAGUGUGAGUGGCUCCUCCACCGCUGAUCCCAGUCCCCGGUGGCUGUGGGGCCCGCGCCCCAGGGAUGCAGAGAGCAGCGGCUUCCCUGAGCAACGAGACCAUGGGGCCAUGAGAGGACAGUGGCCUGGCACGGGGGGCGGCCAGCAGGGACACACAGAAGGCCCAGCCUCCUCCCCCAGCCCGCAGGGCGAGAGUACCUGGGAAACUCGAACCAAGCUCAAGAAAUUUGAAACUGGGAUUCUGACCAAGAAAAGUUCAAAGAAAAAAAUGAACGAGACGAUAUUUUGUUUGGUUUCCAUCCCAGUUAAAUCCGAAUCACAUCUGCCAGAUAUAGAUAGGAACAACAAUGACUUAAAACAGAGCACUGGUAAAAAGAAUGGGCUUGAUAAGAGCCCGGCUUUGCAAGAACAAAGUCUGCUGAGCACGUCUUCCACCGACCUGGAGCUGCAAGCUCUCACAGGAAGCAUGGUUGGGAGAACAGAGUUCCAGAAACAAGAUCUGGGGGAACCAGAAGAAGGCAAACAAACAAAUGACCUCAGAUUCAUUCACCCUACAAAACACAGAGAGCUCAAGUAUUCUGGCUCGUGGCCAGGACACCAGUACAGAGAUCAGCAAACACAAACCACUUUCACCGAGGACUCCAAAAGCCCACGGCCCCUCGCUGCUGAGAAGCUGGGAGGGUCCCCAAAAGCCGUACUGACUCCCAGACUUUCAGACCCCCUGGCCUCUGAAGCUCACGCGCCCACGGCGUUAGCUUCCAGUGACCAGAACCAGAGGCCAAAGGCGCCUCCCCUCGCAGGUCAAAUGUCCCUCAGCCCCUCCAGCAACAGCGCUUUCUCAAGGACUACGUCCUGCAUACACCAGGCACCCGCUCCGAAAGCAGGGCCCGGUCGGGCCGGCGCGGAUGGCCGUGGCCGUGGGGCCAGCCCCGUGUCCCGGGGCGAGGUUGUGAAGGGGGAGACCACCGGCCCCUGCAACAGUAAGCAGCUGUUCGGGCAGUUUCUCCUGAAGCCCGUUAGCCGGCGCCCCUGGGACUUGAUCAGCCAGCUAGAAAGUUUUAACAAGGAGCUUCAGGAGGAGGAGGAAAGCGGUCAGAGUGGCAGCGACAGUCGCAGUGAGGACAGUGACACAGAGUGGCCAUGCGAAGGCAAGAACUGGGGCUUCGGUGAAGCCAGCCGGGCCUGGAGAGCUGAGGAACCCCGAAGGAGGCCGGCGCUGGAGGAGCCCGGGGCCCGGCCGGGAAGAGUGAAGAGCAAGUCUGAGAGCUGGAGCGAGGAGCAGAAGCCCGGGGGGCCCCGUGUCCUGCCUCAGUCCCCGGGCCCCACGACGGUGGGGCCGGGUGGUGGCAGGGGUGCAGCCUCGCUGUGGGCACACGGAAGCCUGGUCGCAGAGGAGGGGCACCAGGAGGCGGAGCACAGAAUGAACAAGCUAGCCGUCAGCCCGGGUCCGCUGCACAGAGUGACGUCUUCUAGGUCAAGUGACACAAAACCAGCGCCCUCGUCCGAUCCAGCUGAGCCGAGGCAGCCCCAGGGAAGUCAGGAGCUGCCCGGUGUUUCCAUUUCUGGGGAGCUGAGCACAGCACCCCCUCGGCAGGCUGGGCCUGGAGGGGAGAGGAGCCCGCUGCUCCCACUCUCUCUUGGCAGCAAACCCCGAGGACUCUCCGCACCGGACUUGAGGUCUGUGGGGCUGCCGCCCGCACAGAAGCCGAGUACCGAUAAGUUAGAUGGGUCUUUAGGAGAAGCGAGUGCAAUAGAGAUCCCCCCGAAUGAGUCCCUUCAAGCGAGGGCUGCGAGGAUCCUGGGCAUUGAGGUGGCCGUGGAGUCCCUGCUGCCGGGCGCCAGGAGAACGGGACAGAACCAGCAUCCCGGGCCUGAUGGAAGUGCCCGCGGGCCGGAGGCCCCCAGGGAGGAGUCUGUGUCCAGCUCAGCCCAGCCGGAUGACCCCUCGGUGUCCAUGGACGCCUUUUAUGGCAGGAGAAAGUGCGGCUGGACCGAAAGCCCUCUCUUUGUCGGGGAGAGGGAGAGUGCCCGUCGGGCUCCCCAGGCUGCUGAGCACUCAAGUGUGGACAGGACUGUCCCCAGCAAGGCCCCAAGCCCCGAGCCUCAGCCCAGUCCCGAGCCUCAGCCCAGCCCCCAGGAGUCCCAGGCCUUCAAUCACAAGGACCUGGGGACAAAACCGCCCUUCAGGUCCACUCUGUUCCAUUUUAUAGAGAGGACCCCAAGUGUGUCAGGCUCAGAAAAGAGGCUCAGAAGCACUUCCAAAGUGAUCGAAAGUUUACAAGAGAAACUGGCCUCCCCCCCGAGGAGAGCAGACCCUGACCGCUUGAUGAGGAUGAAAGAGGUGAGUUCUGUGUCUCGGAUGAGGCUCCUGAGCUCCCGGAGCACUGACUCCAUGGAGGAGGCUGAGGAACUGAAGGCUGAGAGGGGCCCCGGGGUGCCACCUGGAGGCCCAGUGUCUCUGAAUGCUGGGGAGCUGUCGCAGAAGGCCGGGAACCCCCCCUCUGUCUCCAGGGGUGCCCCCUCACUGGAAGAAGACGGGCCUCCGUCGGCACAGAGGGACAAGAAGAACGUCCAGCAGGAUUUCUGGUGCCCAGGUGAGGAGUCGGGCGAGCAGGCGGGCGUUCUCAGAGUAGAGAAAACACCAGGUUGGUGGAUGAUGAAAAUCCUGCAUUGGUGAAGUUGAGAUUAUGAAUUAUUGUUCCAAAAGGUUCUUCCUUUUACAAAGAAUUAUCCAGAGGCUUUGCUUAAAAAUCAAGAUCCUGUGGUGUAUUGUGAAGGAUUAUAUCUUUAUGGAAAUUACCUAUGCAAACAAUUAUAUACAGUUAUAUAUAUAAACAAGGGUUGGGUCCCUUACCAUGAAGAGGUAAAUCAGUAAAGUAUUCCAGCUUUGGCGCAACACCUUGAUGAGCCUUGCGGGAGGCCAUAACGUGGGUAGUCUGCUCUCUCUCCCAAAACAAGCGUUCAUCCAGACCACCCGCACGCUCUUUAUUAACUCUGAUAAGAAGAACGUACCCAGAUAAUGCUAUAAACUGCCCAGCCCAUGAUGUUGUGUCUCACACUGCACCUUCCAAAAUGCUUUGUCCCCCAUUUUGUCUGUUUUUGCUACCACACCUUUUAUGAAACUUGAAAAAGGUUUAGGAGAUAAAAGGAACAGUUUGUACUUUCUCAACACCCUACCCCUUUAUAAAAGGUUCACCCAUCAGCUCUGUCCCAGAAGGCCCCCUGAGGCCUGAGUGCUAAAGCCCAGGACGGAGGGUUUUGGCAGCAGGGCCGCGCAGGCCCGCGGGCCUCUCCCUUCGGUCACCCUAAUGCCUUCAGAGCUGCUCCAGGUCAAACCACGAGGCGGGUUCCUGGUGGCAGCAACAGGGAUUUCUCACCUCUCAGCUCUGUCACAAACAGGCAACUCUGUUUCCAGCAUUUUCUUCAGGGGCUGGGGAAUUAGCAGUGAUACAUUCUAGAACUAAUGAGGAAGAAGAGUGGAGGGACAUGUCAAAAGGCCUGAUCGUAAACCGCAGACAGGCAGGGACCUUGAAUCGUUCAUUCGGACCUUGUUACAGUAAGGGGAAACUGCGCCCUCGUGUGUGUGACCUCGCUGACCAGGGGCCCCGGGCCCCCCUCCUGAGCCACGCCCUCUGGUCUUACUGUAGGGCGGUGCCCUUACCCCCACCUUCUCUGUUUCCUACUUGGAAAUCCAAGGAUUUAAAAGUCAAUGGCCAAGAUUCCUUAUUUCAGCUAGAAAAGUCCAGAAUUCUUGUUCCACAAAACAUCCCCAUGGCAGUUUUUACAUUUUCCCACAAAUGCACUAUGAUUCUUGGGAGUGUUAGCCAAGUGUUGCUCAGUUGCUUAUACAAAAUACAUGAUUGAAAUAACCCAUUGGUCAGGGCCCUCUUGGAUCAUCUGACUUGACAGAUUUGGUCUUUGCCAAGAAAGAGAACACUAAGAUGUGCAACUCUUGCCAUAAUGGUGGAAAAAAGUGUUACAUGGCCCAUUUUUUGAGCUAUUGGGACUUAUUAGGCUUCAGCCUAAUUCCUCUCCUGGUCCCUCCCUCUCCCUACCCAAAAUAUGCCCACUUGCUUUUAAGUGUGAGCUAAAAUGAGUUUCUUCCUCUGUCCUGUCUCAUCCCAAGAACUGUAAGGAUUUUAAAAUGAGACAAAUCCUGUUAUAUUAAAACGCCAGUUUGUCAAGAUUUCUGUGUCUCAGUCCACGGCCCACAUAUUUUGGGAGGAUUUUAUAACACAAAACUUCUAGUUCAGUAAAGCACUUCCUCACUUUUUAGCUUGAUCAUUUGGCAUGUGGAUGGGGUUGGACAGGUAUCUGAAAACAUGUAGAUAAUGCCAAUUUUAAUGUUAGCCAGCCAUUAGAAACAGCUCUUCAUAACCUUUUUUUUUUAAACUAUAGUUACUGACAAUCAGUAGAAUUUUUUUUCCCUCUCCAUCUGAUGCAUUUAUUAGUACAUAAUAAAAUAAUAAAAUGACCCCAAAUCUAAAGGCAGAGAGCUCCUCGUGAUGCCACACGGCUCCCUCUGACACUCUUAAAUAAUUGCAUAGCAGGACGCCAUCAGGGACGAUUUCGUACACGCGCCGGGGCUCAGGUGAACCUCCAUCGGCCCCUCAUGUGACAGUCACCAGGCCUGUCCCAAAUCAUUGAGAGGAAUGCAGAUCAUAGGAUGGAGAUGGUCAGGCUUUGAGAUAUGUUAGCUUUUCCCCUCGUUGUUGCUUCACAAGUUAGAAUAAAGCCUUGUUGCUUUUUUUUGCUGAUAAA